AUGGAGAUACUAAGGACAUUGUUUUAUCGAUUAUUUGUCCUUUUUGUGGCGAUUGUCGUCAGACAAUACCCACAGAGUCGGCACAAACUAAAUCAACAGCAACAACAACAGCAACAACUCCGGAAAAAGCCGAAAAUAGCCGAAGAAAAGGAAAGCGAAGAGCUGAUUAAGAAACAGGAAAUAAGGAUUAACAACCAGGAUGAACAUAUAAGCAAUCAACAACUAAAGACAAGCGCUUUAGUGGAGGAAGUCGGCGGUCUUAAAGCCGUCAUUGGUACCAACAGGAUUAAAAUCACUUCCAGCAAUCGAGAGAUUAAAGGACUCCGGCGACAGAUCUAUGUUGCAAAUGAAAAGAAUGACAAGAAGAAGAAUCAUUUGACAGAAAAUAGAAUAAGUUCAUUUGCAAGGGACAAGAGUAGUAUUUCGAGAAAAUUUCCAAGACAAACAGUUGGUGGUGGUAUCGCAUUCACAGCGUUCUUGGACCAUGACGGUGAUUAUGGAGCUGGUCAAACCAUUGCAUUUAACAAGAUUAUCACCAACGACGGAAACGGCUAUAAUACACGUACCGGUGUAUUCACCUGCCCCGAGGAAGGAAUGUAUUUAUUCACUUUCUUUGUUGGUGAAAGAAGUGUAAAGGAUGGUGUCACACAAAUCUGGGCAGACUUGGUAAUAAACAGCAAUAAUAUAAUUGACGCAUUUGCAGAGACAAGACAAUAUCAGGAGGAUGCCCAGUGGUCAUCAGGUUAG